ACAGUCAUUGGAACAAAAUCUUGUAGAAGGCCUAGCUGCUGAAUAAUAUAACCUCAUAAAACGCUGACAAUUUAAAGAUCCAGCCAUGCUUUAAUAGCCACAAUGAAAAUUUAUUCUUAAAUAUAAAAUAGACUAAAAUUAAACAGAAAAUAUUGAAUAAACCCAGGAAUUUAUAAAAAUGUGAAAUGAUAUCAGGAAAUAGGGGUCACUCGCCCAGGCCCCACAACUGACAAACGCAAACGAAAUCUGAACAGCUGAUUAAUGUUGGAACAGUCAGAACCCCAAAAUUCAGAACUCGGAACAGUAAUCAGAACAGCAAUAAUUUGAUCAAAUAGCUAUUUAUUUGGAUCAAAAUAGUUAUUUAUUUUAACGACGAAACUGGUUCAAAGUUUUAAAAAUGGGAGUAAGCACUAAAUUUGAAAUUUACAUUUACUCCGAUCGGUAUUUUUGUAAGCGCUUUUGAACUUGACAGAUACGUCUUAAAAGAAUAUUGAGGUUAUGUUAUGCUAUUUAUUUCCGAAAUAAUCGAUUGCUGGAUGAUUUUGGCUGGAUUUUUGGUCCAAUUUCACUUUUUGCAUAUUAAAUUGUUUCAUUUAUUCAAUAAGAUUCCAGUUGCAUAAAAUAAAUCCUCAAAAAUGCCGCGUAUAAUGAUAAAAGGUGGUGUUUGGAGAAACACCGAGGAUGAAAUUCUUAAAGCGGCCGUAAUGAAAUAUGGCAAAAAUCAGUGGUCUCGUAUCGCCUCCUUGCUCCACCGGAAAUCGGCCAAACAAUGCAAAGCUCGUUGGUUCGAGUGGCUGGAUCCCAGCAUCAAAAAAACCGAAUGGUCUCGCGAGGAAGACGAAAAACUUUUGCAUUUGGCCAAGCUGAUGCCUACGCAAUGGAGAACUAUUGCUCCUAUUAUUGGACGUACUGCUGCUCAAUGUUUGGAAAGAUACGAAUAUUUAUUGGAUCAAGCUCAAAAGAAAGAAGAUGGAGACGACGGUGACGAUCCAAGAAAACUCAAACCAGGCGAAAUUGACCCCAAUCCAGAAACCAAGCCAGCUAGACCUGACCCUAAAGACAUGGACGAAGACGAGCUCGAAAUGCUGUCCGAAGCCAGAGCCAGACUGGCAAACACUCAAGGCAAAAAAGCCAAACGUAAAGCCAGAGAAAAGCAACUGGAAGAAGCCAGAAGAUUAGCCGCUCUGCAAAAACGACGAGAACUUCGCGCAGCCGGCAUCGAAGUUGCUCCUAGAAGAAGGAAGAAGCGCGGCGUCGAUUACAAUGCUGAAAUUCCAUUCGAAAAACGCCCAGCAAUUGGGUUCUAUGACACUUUGAAUGAAGAAUUAGACCCGAUGGCACCAGAUUUUUCAGAAAUGACCCAACAGAAGCUGGAUGGCAACUUGAGGGCCGAACAAGAGGAUCGCGAAAGGAAAAAGGAUAAACAAAAGCUGAAACAAAGAAAAGAAAACGAUAUCCCUGAAGCCAUGCUUCAAAAUCAGGAACCUGCCAGGAAAAGGUCGAAACUUGUUUUGCCAGAACCACAAAUCUCUGACCAAGAACUACAUCAGGUAGUCAAGUUGGGCAAAGCAAGUGAAAUUGCCAGAGAGGUUGCUUCUGAAAGUGGUGUGGAUUCAACGGACACUUUGUUGAAUGACUACACUGUUACGCCUCAUGCUACAGCCACUCCAAGAACACCGGCAGCACAAACUGACAGAAUUUUACAGGAAGCUCAAAACGUAAUGGCACUUACCCACGUUGAUACUCCACUCAAAGGCGGCCUGAAUACUCCAUUACAUAAUUCGGAUUUUAGUGGGGUUGUGCCUCAACAACAAGCUAUUGCCACUCCAAACACUGUGUUGGCUACUCCUUAUAGGUCAGUUAGGAGUGAAACUGGUUCAACUCCUGGAAAUACAGGUUUUAUGACACCCAAAAGUGGAGCUAUGGUGCCAGUGGGUGGAACAUCUACAACUUAUGUGGCACCAUCUAUAAGGGAUAAAUUAAAUAUUAAUACUGAAGAUGCCCUAGAAGUAGGAGAUACUCCAGCACAGCAUCUUAUGUAUCAGAUGUCCACCAAGCAGCAACUUAAAAUGGGCUUGAGUAGUUUACCAACGCCUAAAAAUGAUUACGAAAUUGUUGUUCCGGAUAAUGAAGAACAGACUAUUCCAGAACAAGCUCAAGAAAAAUCAAUUGAAGACCAAGCUGACGUAGAUAUGAGAUAUCAAGAAGAAAUGAAAGCCAAAGCUGCCAAAGAGCUUUUAUUGAGAUCACAGGUGAUCCAAAGAGAUUUGCCCAGGCCACAAGAUGUUAACCUCUCAGUUUUAAGGCCUGCCAAUGAGAGUUACUCACUGACUGAGCUCCAGAAAGCAGAAGAACUUAUAAAGUUGGAAAUGUCAACUAUGCUUCAAUUUGAUAAUUUGAAAAACCCUGUGGCUACUCAAAGUAAGCCGUCUAACAAGAGUCAGGCUCAGCAGUUGGCAUUUCUAGAGGAACAUCCAUAUAGAAAUUUCCAUGCUGAAGAACUUGAAACGGCAAAGCAAAUGUUGAAAAAGGAAAUGGAAGUAGUUAAAAAAGGCAUGAACCACGGAGAUUUGCCGAUGGACGCUUACACUCAAGUUUGGGAAGAAUGUUUGGGUCAAGUGUUGUUUUUGCCUAAUCAGAAUCGUUACACGAGAGCUAAUUUAGCCAGCAAAAAAGAUCGUUUGGAGUCGGCCGAAAAACGUUUGGAACAAAACCGAGCCCACAUGGCCAAAGAAGCCAAAAAAGCUGCCAGAAUGGAAAAAAAAUUGAAAAUCCUCACUGGAGGAUAUCAGUCGAAAGCUCAAAGUUUAAUAAAACAAUUAACCGACGCCUACGAAAACAUCGAUCAAGCCAAUUUAGAAUUGAAAACAUUUAAAUUUUUACAAGAACAAGAGAGAAACGCGCUACCAAGAAGAAUCCAAGGCCUAACAGAAGAUGUUAGUAGACAACUAGAACGAGAGAAGGGCUUACAAACAAAAUAUAAUGAUUAUCAAAAUAAAAUCAUAGAUUUACAAGAGCAAUUGGGAUACGAGCAACAAGAAACUGCAGAGCAAGUUGAGGAUUUAGAUGGGGUAAGCGUGCAGCCAGAAACAGAGCAAGUUACCAACAAUUUAAAUGCAACUGUUGAAGAAAAUAUCAGUUCUACAAUCAAUGGGCUAGAUAAGGAGGAGGAAAAUGUUGCAGUUCAAUAAUAAUAAAUAGUGUAUUUUAUAGAAUUAUUAUUAAUACAAUAAUCCAAAAUAAAAAAUCUUAUUUUGUUUGCUUAGUUAGAUAUCUCUUUGUACUUUUGGGAAAGGAUACUCUGGAUGAUCCAAAACGCUAAAAAUCAAAAUUAGGCAAAUCUAAUUAAUGUAAAAAAACACUUACGUUUGAUUGAAAUUCAUUAGAUAACGUCUUCCUUGUUCACCUUUAUCCAGACCAGUCAAUAAUUUAACAUCCUCGACAUCCAAAGUAAAAUCAAACAAAUUAAUGUUUUCCUGAAUUCUUUUUGGAGUUACACUUUUUGGUAUGACAGCGAUAUUGUUUUGGACUAAAAAUUUUAACAACACUUGCCCUGAAGAUUUUCCAUGUUUGGCAGCAAUUUUCUUGAUUACUGGAUCUUCUAGGAGCUCUGUGCUCCCUGGACGUGGCCUAAAAUUACAAUUCGAAUAAUUGAAACAAUAAAUAAAAAUUCCUUACGGUCUUCCUUGUUUAACCAAAAACUCAUUUAUACCAGGAUUUCCUAGAGAAGCAUAAGAUAUAGGCAAAAUUCCAUUAGCUUUAAGAUACUUCACCAAUUCUGGCUGUUGUAAAUACACAUGAAGUUCAACUUGAUUGGCUGCUGGCUUGAUUUUGGCAGUUUUAACUAACCUACUGACUUGGUCUUUAUUGAAAUUUGACACCCCAAUGGCUCUUGUCCUGCCAAGUUCAACUUGCUCUUCAAUACCUUCCAAACUGCUCCAUGAUCUGUGGGUUGGGCUACCGAAGCUGAAGGAUCAUUCUUAGAAGCACCUCCUGCUUGUACGCAAACAGGAAAAUGAAUCAAAUAUAAAUCAAGAUAAUCGAGUUGAAGUUGUUCCAAGGAUUUUAAAAUGUCUUCUUCUACUCGGUCAGGAUGGACUCCUGCAGAAGCUAAUUUUGUUGUUACAAAAAGAUCUUCGCGUUUCAAUUUCCCUGAAUCGAACCAACUUUUCAGGACUCUACCGAUUAUGUGCUCAUUGAAGUAAGCUGAAGCAGUGUCGAUGUGCCUGUAGCCGGCUUUUAGGGCUUCGUUUAGGGAUGUUUCUAGAUCUUUUUCGUCUGUUACCUCGGAAAAAUAUUUUGAUUCGAAACCAAGAGAAACCAAUUUCGAUAAAAUUUAAACUCACUGUGAAAGUUCCUAAUCCAACAAGUGGAAAUUU